AUGGCGGCGUGCAAGUGGAGAAACUUCCAUUAUUAUGUUCUUGUUUUUUUAAUAUUUGUGAAAGAAAUAUACUUAGAAGAACAGAAUUAUCCAGAACAUUGUCUUAAAGAAGAAGAUUGUAGUCCGUCUAGUCCUUUAGUUCCGUGUGAAAAUCUGCCAUUGGAUUUUUUAGAUUGCGAAGCACCUCUCGAUUUAAAGGGAAAUGAAACAGCAAGAGAAGAAUUAGGUUAUGGAUGCACAAAGUUUGGAGGACAGAAGUACGAAGAUGUCCAAAAGACGGCAGUUAACUGCACAGUUCUUCUUGGAAUUGAAUGUCGAGGGAGGAGGAGUUUUAUGAAGGAGGGCUUUCCUUGCAUUAAAUACAGCGGCCAUUAUUUUGUAACUACUUUAUUAUAUUCGGUACUACUGGGAUUCUUGGGAAUGGAUCGCUUCUGUCUCGGGCACACCGGUACUGCGGUGGGGAAAUUGCUGACAUUGGGCGGCGUGGGCAUCUGGUGGAUUGUGGACAUCGUCCUUCUGGUCACCGGUUCUCUCGUACCCGAAGACGGAAGCAAUUGGGUUCCUUAUGCAUAAUUGCAUCUUCUUUUUGUAAAUUGUAAAUAUUGAUGUAAAUAUAUAUAUUUUUUUACCUA